GCGGCGGCGUGACGCGCAUCGGCCCGCCGCUGACGACGUCUCCCCAUCUCUCCGUCUUCCCCCCCCUACCCCUCCUUCCUCCUGUCUAUCUAUCCCUCUAUCCCCGCAAAGUAGGCUGCUGCCUUUCUCGAGUCGGGGGACCAUUUUUGAAUCCUUUGGGGAAUAAACUGCUCGGAGGGGAACAUGCGUGAGCAAACCGGGAAACUGUGCGAAGGAUGGCCAUUGGACCCUUGUGCACCCCCGUGUGGUGUGGAGGAAUGAGGGUGUCUGGAUGAAGGCCAUGGAGCUGAAAGUGUGGGUGGACGGCGUGCAGCGCAUCGUUUGUGGCGUGACCGAGUUCACCACGUGUCAAGAAGUGGUCAUCGCACUCGCUCAAGCCAUCGGCCGCACAGGCAGGUACACCUUGAUCGAGAAAUGGAGGGAGACGGAGCGCCACCUGGCCCCCCACGAGAACCCCGUGGUGUCGCUCAACAAGUGGGGCCAGUACGCCAGCGACGUGCAGCUCAUCCUGGAGCGGACCGGCCCGUCCGUCAGCGAGCGAGACCCCUCGGACAGGCUGGCCCGUGGGUCCGACCGCGCCUUCUAUCGCCAGAGCCUCCCCCCGCUGGCCAAGCUGCGCCCGUCGGUGGCUGACCGCUCGCUCAAGCGCAGGGAGCCCAAACGCAAGUCUCUGACCUUCAGCGGAGGAGCGAGAGGUCUGCGGGAGAUAUUCGGAAAAAGCCGAGAUACGGAAGCCAAGCUUGCCCAGCAGCGCGGCGUGAGCUUGAACCUGAGCCGGGUCCUCGGGGACAGCACCGGGGGGUCCUCGGCGCCGGGGAGUCCGGCCCGAGAGCUGGGCCGACUGGUGCAGCUGCAGAGAAACAAACUGCAACUCCUGGAAAGCCGCCUGCUAGGCUGCGAGGCCGAACUGCGGGAAUGGGAGGAGGUCGGCGAGGAAGGAUGCCUAGAAGAGGAGCUGAUGCUGUUGGAGCAGCAGGUGAGAAGGAACGAUGCCGAGAUGGACGAGGAGGAAUUCUGGCAGAACGAGCUCCACAUUGAGCAGGAGAGCGAGCGGCAACUCCGGCAACAGCUGGCCGAGCUGCAGGCCCGCGUGCGCGACUGCGAGGCCAAGCUUUCGGAAUACUUAGCACGCAUUCAGAGCAUGGAGAGUGGCUUGGAGCAAGAGCGUCUGUUGCAGGACGAGGAGCUGCAUCACAUGAUCAAUGAGGAGGAGGUGGAGGCCCAACUGGAGAAGGUGACAACUGAGCUGGGCGUGCAAAGCCAGCACACGGCUCGUCUGGAGAGCAGUUGCAGGGCGUUGGAACGCUCGCUGGGCCAGUCCGGCAGUAGACUUCAGGAGAAGGAGCAGGAGCUGGAGCAGCUGACCAAAGAGCUUCGCCAGGUCAACCUGCAGCAGUUCAUUCAGCAGACGGGCACCAAGGUGACCGUGUUGCCAGCUCAGCAACCUACAGGGGGCGACGACGACGACAACUAUGACGAGGACGCCGCCUCUCUGAGACGCCUCCUGCCCAGCGACCUGCGCUCGCUGCAGAGCCCCACGUCGUCCGGACUCAACCCUGAGGGCAUCUACGUUUGAAAAGCGGUAACCGAUAGGCGUUAUUUUGACGGUAAGUUAGGCGGACGUCGCUCAAAACUCGUGCGAGGAAUUGAACCCGAGUGGAACUGGACUCCCCGUCUUUUCUGAGCUACAUUUAGGACUUCAAAUGAUGUCAAUACGCAACGCAUUUGCAACUUUUCAUAACUGUUCAACUGCUGUGUAUAUUUAAAAAACAAAAGAAGACAAGACAGGCCAGCAGAAGUAUCUUGACAACGGGAAUGGUUUUUGGUUUUUUUUCUAUUGGAAUGCUAAAAAAAAAAAAAACAUCAAUAGCGUAGUAUCUUACCAGGAUGUCAGCGAUGCAUACAUGCACGAGCAUGCACAAACAUAAUCAUAUAUUUGAUUGCCUUACUCUGAUGUACUGAAAGCGCACAUCAAGUCAACUCAAGGUAGCUAGAGCCGCCUCGUUUUUACUUUUGGGGAGGGUAAAAAAAAAAAGGGUUUCGCACCAAUUCAGGGAAAUUCUUAGCCAUCACUUUUAUUUUGUAUUGAUUUGAAGUUUGAAGAAAAAUGAAGGCAACCGGGAAACUGAUGAAGUUCUGUCGCGCGUCCAAGAUUUAGCUUCGCUCCAGUUAGGUCUGCAAUGCCCGAGAGCCAUUAAUCUCCGCGUCUUGCUCCAGUUUUAACACUUCAUCCUUGCGGUCAGAAACGAGAGUGAUGGACGACUCAAAAGCAUUUCUAGCCCGCAGGCUUGAAUAUCCCGGAUUGGCCACGAGGUGGCAGCCAAACCAAGUUUAUGUAGAAUGAAGUUUUGGCCCGAUCACGGUCAAGUUUAGCAUUAAACUGCUUCCUAGCGUGUCUGUCGUGUUGACGAAAGCAGGGACUCUGUAGUGUUUUUAUCCAAACAAAAGAUGUCUACAAUGAACCAAAGCUAGUGUGACAAAACAUGAAAUAAAAAGCUUAGAUGAAUGUAUUUUUUUAUACACCCUGAACCGCGUCUAUUUGAAUCAAACAACAGAGAAGAAAUCCACUACUAUUGUGUCGUAGUUAGCGUAGUGACUUGACUGGGACACUGUAACUUACUAAUAAGUGAAGAAUGGCAUGCCUUACCGCAAAGAAAAUGUAAAUAACAAAUUUAUAAUGCACUACAUGGAAAGUUUGCAUUGAAUAGAACCCAUAAUAUGCACAAAAAAAAAGAGAAAUAUUUUGCUUUGAACGGUGAUUAAAAAAAAAAAAAUGAAGCCACGGCAAAGAUGGAUAUGUUUUUCCACAUGUACAAAUGUCACCUGUUAUGGAGUUCUGUUGUGCCAUCUAUGUUGAUUUUCAAUAAAAUGUGCAAAUAACUACACAA